AUGUCAGACCCAUCGGCCGUCGCAUUCCUAUUGAAAACAUCUGCGCUCGGUUCGCCGUCCGCAUCCUCUGCGCCAGCCGCACAGCCAACUUCGCCUGAGACUGCACCAACGUCCGACUCAUCCUCGGCAGUCUCUUUUUCAAGCACACCUGUGACUGAGUCUAUUUCAGACCUAUCCGCUAUAACACCCCUUUCAUCCAGGAGAGCCUCCUCAACCGUAACGCGGGACCAUCUGGACUUUGAAAUAGUCGUCGCGCACUACAAUGAAGACCUUACCUGGCUCAAACCGGUCAUCGAAUACUGCAAGGUCUACUCCAAAGGCGGUACCAAGCACGCGCCCGAGCUUCAGUUCGACGCCGAAUCCCUCGAAAACAUCGGCCGCGAAGGUCACACCUACCUUCAUCAUAUCGUCAAGAACUACGAGAGCCUCAAGGAUGUCACCCUUUUCACGCAAGCCCGCGUUGAUGACCAUACCGAUCUCAACGCACUUGAGAUGAGAGAAAUAGCCCUCAAUACCAAACCAGGACGUGUCACCACCUUCCCACACCGCGCCAUGGAGCUCUUCGACCUUUGGGAAGGCUUUCCCUGGGAGAAAUACCCAUGCUGGGCAAAGUGGUCAUCACCAGAGGGUGUAUUCAAGGGAAGAGAGGCCCAAGAGACGCCGGCACAAUACUUCAAAGACUUCUUCAACAACUUCGGUCACGACGGACCGCCUAAGUCGGUCGGCUUUCAACCUGGAGCGAUCUUCGCGGUAAGACGUGAAACCGUCCACCAGCAUCCAAAAGAACUCUACCAGCGGAUGUUACAGGACCUCUUUCUGGGGGACAUGAAGAGCGUCGAUCCUGAAACGGGUCACUACCUCGAGCGCUUUUGGCUCGCCAUGUUUCGCAACGAAGAGUAUUGCUGCUGGGAUGCGAGCGACAUCUCUGAUACCGAGCUGAAUGAUCAGGGCCAGCUGGCGAAGGGGAGAUGGCAUGUGACUACUCAGGGCAUUGAGGUGGACGUCGGCUUCACUAACAAGGCGUAG